UGCGGCGGCGCUGGUAGAGGCAGAGAAGGUCCGGUGCGCAGCUUUGUGCGACUUUCUUUGCUGUCGGGGGGAAGGAUCUGCCUGGGACGCGACCGCUACUUGUUCUGUUGCUCCUGCAAGUUCAUCAGAGCAGCCUGCGAUUUUCAUUGUUGGGAUUCCUUUAAAGCAAGCAGUUUGGCAGCUCCUCUGGACUUCAUGUCUGUAUUUUAUCCCAUUCACUGCACUGAUUAUCUGAGAUCUGCUGAGAUGACAGAAGUAAUAAUGAACACUCCGUCCAUGGAUGAAAUUGGAUUAAGCCCUCGCAAAGAUUCCUAUCAGAUUUUUCCAGACCCUUCAGAUUUUGAGCGAUGCUGCAAGCUGAAGGACAGACUCCCCUCCAUCGUAGUAGAACCCACAGAAGGAGACGUGGAGAGCGGGGAGCUGAGGUGGCCCCCGGAAGAGUUUGUGGUAGAUGAAGACAAAGAAAUCACUUGUGAUCAAACAAAGAAAGAGAACGAGCAGUAACGGAGAUGUUGCCACCAGUUUAAACCUAUUGUCGCUUGGAGCAAGAGGGAACGGCAAAUGGCUUGACUAAGACUUGGUUAGGGAUGCUUUUGUUAAAGAUGACAAAUUCAAAGAUGCACCUGCAAGAUUUUUUCUUUUCAUUCUGUUUUUCUCGUGAGAAAUAACGCAGCCUUCGGUGUGACGAGAAGCAGGAAAUUUGAGAAAUGUUUGCUUUGUUUUUUUCUAAAUUACUUAGAGAUGUUAUCUGAGCUCCUUUUCAGAUAUUUGAGGCAGCAGUUAAAUUCAAGUAGGUUCUAAAUGGCAACAAACCGAGGAUCAAAUGAUGAGUGAGCACCAAUAGAGGCGCGGUACUGAUUUUCUCCAAAAGGCAAAACUCUUAUCUCUCAACGUUUGGUCUCCAUGUGAAUCAAAGUAGGACUUCUGAAGGCUCUUCGGGGGGGGGGGGGCUGAUAUUGAUCAUAAUGAUUUCACUUAUCACACCAAGUAUGAGAAUCCAGGAACCAACGGUCGUAUCUUCAAGAUGAAGAAGGAAUAUCUGUCUCCACUUGUUGGGUUGUUGUCUACAACUUUCAUAUCCUACCGUGCAAGACCAUAAAAUCAUGACCGUAUUUUAAUUUCCGCUCUUGGAUUAUUGCCUAAAAAACGUAUUUUCUUUUUAUAUCGAGCUUCCGGUCCUAAUGAAGAAUUUGCCUCCUGGUGUUCGCUACUUUUAUACCAUAUGUGCCCGGAAAACCUCGUUGGCCACUAUUUAGUACCGUAGUUGUGCCCAUAGAGUUCGCUUCUAUUGUCCCAGACCUUUUUACAGUUAUGCACCUUUUUUUUUCUGUGUGUGUGUGCGCAUGAAAGGAUUGUGGUCACAUCUUUUGUCAGUAAAAAUCCAACAACAAAAUGUCAUUUUAAAACCUUCGCUUAACUGCGAUGACUUUGGGGAUGAAGAAUGAGUAAGAUCGGGAGCAUCAAAGGAUAGUUCCGGCCCAUUAUCCAUGUUCACAAUUAGAACCAGCCUUUUUCCUUAAUUGUUUCUCUAAACCUUCCUCUGCUGAAAGGAAAUUAAUGCACUUUGUUAGGUGCUGGCAGAACUUGGAUAAACACAUCUGUCUCGCUUUUCCCGUCCCCACUGUUGAACCCUGUGCAGCCUUUUCACUGCUUCAUAUCAACCGGCCGCUUGAUGCUUUCGCUUGUGGUUUGCACGGAGUCCAUCAAUAUGCAAAAUACCUCGGUUUCCAACGCUGGCGGCCGUGAAGGGAAGAUGGCUUGGGCGCACACAUCAGCCGGGUUUGUUCAUGUCCGGUCCGUUGAGUCCUGAAGAUACAGCAAUAACUUUUGUCCGUGCUUUGAAACCGUCAAAAUGUAACGCUUCUAUCAUGUGCGUAUAUAUCUUGCUAGUAACGUGUGGAAUGUUCUUAUGGUCUCGUCCGCAUCUCCAAAUGGUUUGUGUCAACUUUAAAAAUGAAAAGAAGUAAAAAAAAAAAGUCUCUAGGCCAUUGUUUGUAAUAUAGAACAUCUGUUCCUGUUAACGGUCUACUAAUGGGGUGUAAUUGUGAUCCGUUGACAAGAGUCUGGGCCCUGCGCGGCCUCCAUAAUGGACAAUAAAUGUGCUCUCAGUGCUAACAUUGACACAACUGUCACUUGGUAGGGAUAGAAGAUAACGUGUCGUGCUUUUUGGGCUCACGUGGGGAGCGCCUGCUAAUGAUCAGGAACCUUGUGUCUGCGUCCUUUUGUUGAGAGUAUUGUAUAUUUCCAGUUGUUACUAAUGUAUCCGUGAACAAAAGCACUCCAGUACUAUGUUGUAUUAUAGUAUAUAUAUUUCUGUAAUUGUUUGAGGCUCAGGGAGAAGCUAGCUUAUUUUUUUUUUCCAAACUACUUUUGUCACUGUGACAGUUGUAAAUAAAAGACUGAAAUUGCUUUCCA